GGGGGCGGGAUUUGUCAUAAAACGGGCGAGAAAAAAAAAGAAGGCAACAGGGGAAGGAACUGGAGAAAGAAGAUGGCGACGGGGAGGGAAGCGGCUGAGCUCUGACACAUCUGAUGGUGGAGGACAGGCAGUCCUGCUACUGCAGAGCUCCGGAGGACAGAGAGAGAGGGACAGAGGAACCGCGGGCGUGUCUGAAGUCGACUUCCGUGUACCGCCCCAAAAUCCAGGGUUCAGUCCUGAGCUCAGAGUUCUGUUGAUGUUCUCCCCAAACCUGAAUUUUCUCAGGGUUCUCUGGCUUUCUUCCCUCUCCCCAAAAAAUUCCAACAGAUUGCGAACAAGACCCGUAAAAGCUGGGAAGAGUGUGCUGUGUGAAGCUCUGGCAUAGAAGUAACAGUGGGAUUUUCACAAGUCUCCUCCUCGUCACAGGAAACAUGAAGCAGUAGUUUUCGAGGCUCCACUGUGCAACAGGUAUGGAGUGGUGUCGGCUACAGACUGGAUGACAUUGCUGACCUGUCUCAGUCCCACAUUUUGACUGCCCUGUUACCGUGACAACCUUUGCUGAGGACACCAGCAGGGGACCUUUUUCUGCGCUCACCCUCCCAUUCUCUCUUGUGCACCUGUACACACUCUGUCUUUGGCUGUUUCGUAUUGCGUUGUUCCCUUCCUUCCCCUCUUUCCCCUCUCCUCUCUCUUCUUUUCCCAUCCUUUUCUUUUCCCUCUCCCUUUCUCUCCUCUCAUCUUUCCCUCUGUCCUGGAAGAGUCCCACUUCAAGGAAUAUUCACCUUAGGCACGGAAGCGAAGAUGAGCUGGCUAAGCCGUAUAACUCCCAGGGGUCCGGAUGGGCGGAACAGUCGAAGCGUUGCCCCAUCUAGCCCGUGCACUGCUGACCCCGAGACAUGUCUGAUGGUGUUUGAGAACCAUUGGAGACAGGUGUCAUGGGUAUUGGAGCAGAGAGAAUCUGUGGCUGGGGGAGCUGAUGAUUUGACAGCAGUGAGAAAUCACACUGAUCAAAUGCUGUGUCUUCUGGCAGAGGAAAGACCAGCAGGGGGCGACAGUGAUCCACCAGCUUUGGGCCCUAUUCUCAAACUGGUGGUGUCAGAGAACAUCCUGGAGCGUCUGGUACAGUGGCAUGUGCGUCGUGGUUUGGACCCGGACAGCCAAACAGCUCUGCUGAAACUGUUUGAAAUGUUAAUUGGCCAAUCCCCUCAGCCCUUGCUCCAGAACAGUGCCGUACUUCAGCCACUGCUCAUCCUGCUGGGGGCCUGUGUAGACCCUCAGUUCGGUUGUCCUCCUAACCUGGAGGGCAGCCUCGUUCUACUGCUCAACCAGGUCUGUGUGUCCAUGGCAAGGCAGCCUGCUGUGCUUGAGCUGUUGUUCAGGUGUGGUACAAUACAGCAGGGUCCCACAAACCUGCUGAUCUUUUCUCUGUUGGUACCGUUUAUCCAUCGAGAUGGAGCUCUGGGACAACAAGCUCGUGAUGCCUUGCUUUUGGUCAUGGCUACCUCGGCCAGCAACCACGCCGUGGCCCGCUACAUCACUGAAAACUCCUACUUCUGUCCGGUACUAGCGACUGGCCUGAGCGCACUCUAUUCUUCCCUGCCACGGAAGAUUGAAGUGCGUGGUGAUGACUGGCAUGCUUUGCGGAGGGAGGACUGGAUAGGCGUGUCUUCUCUGGUCCUCUUCAUGAACAGUCUAGAAUUUUGUAACGCUGUGGUACAGGUGGCACACCCCCUCGUCCGCUGCCAGCUAAUUGACUACCUCCACAAUGGCUUCCUGGUACCAGUCAUGGGUCCUGCCCUGCACAAGUCAUCUGUGGAUGAAAUGAUAGCAAGUACAGCAUAUCUGGACCUCUUUCUGCGCAGUGUCACAGAGAAGUCGCUCCUCAAGGCCUUCCUUCGCUUUAUACUGCUACAUCGUCAUGACAAUGACACAAUCCUCGACACACUGCUCACACGCAUAAGCAGCAACUCACGGCUGUGCAUGGUCUCUCUCAGUCUCUUCAAGACUUUACUCUCCCUCAACUGUGAAGACCUCAUGCUCCAGCUCGUUCUCAGGUAUUUGCUGCCUUGCACACACGUGAUGCUGAGUCAGCGGCGUGCAGUUAGAGAGACCGACCUCUACGGCAAAUCAGCCGAUAAGUUCCUGUCUCUCAUCCCAGAAUGCUGCCGAAUCACCACAGCAGCCUGUAAUGAGAAAGAUGAGGAACCUGCCUUCUGGGGCAAGGUGUUGGGUAGCCCCACAUCAGAGUCUCCCAUUCACACCAAGCCCAGCACUCCAUCCCGCUUGGCUCUCUUCAUUCGCCAGCAAAACCCAGGCAACCAGUCCUCCACUGCUGCUUCAGACAACACUCCCUCAUCUCCUCGGGGCAGCGUUCCCACACCUUCUCCCAAUAGCCCCAUGCAUCAGCCUCCAGAUUCUUCAGAUGCUGAGUCCGGCUACCUGGAGUACCUCAGAGAUGCACGGCGGGGCAUUGAGCUCUGCUCAUGGGCUUGUCGAAAUUGGUCGGCUCCUUACGACGGAGAAAACCCUCCCCCCAACUCGGCACCACCUCCACCACAGCCUCCGACAUCCAACCCAUCCCUCAAUAUGGUGCCUGAGCACUUCUCCAUGCAGCAAAGUGGGCAUAAAGACAUGCAGCAAAGGGCAGCCAUAGUGGCAGCUGCACGUGCAGAAUGGAGCAGCUCAGACCGAAACAGUGGCGAGUGGGAUGUAACAAUCUCUAAGAACUGCAUCAGCCUCACACCUCGCAGCAAGAAACGCAGCCUAUUGCCCAGUUCUGUCCCUUUGCAGUCGUCAUCAUCAUCAGCAGUUCCCACAUUAGGCCCAGGAGAAGCUGCAGGUCACCAAACGCACACACUGCCACAUCGGGGACUCUAUAACGGCACUGGAAAGGCAGAUGAAUGUGUAGAUAUUUCUGAUGGAGGGAUGGAAGUGAAGAAGGUAAAGAGAGAUGCAGAUGGUCGUGGACAAGUCGAAGAAUUAGGUGUAAAUGGAAGGGUGGCUAUUGCAUCUAAAGAAUCCAGUCUUCCUAUGCAGGGAGAGCAUAGUUCGGUGACAAAAUCAUCUCAGGUGCAAUCUACUGCGCUUCCACAACCACAGACAAGCCCAGAUAACUUGCGGUCCUCAGCCCAGGAGCGCAACUCCAGUGAACGACAAAGAUCUACUCCAGCCUUGAGCUCAGUAGAGCCUUGUUUAACCACAAGCUGUAGCAGCCCGGGGCUGGAGUCGGUUGAGAGCCUGAUCGAUGAGCUGCUAGAACAAGCACCAUCUGAGACACUGUCCGAAGACUACAACGGCCAGGGCAUCAGCAUUGAAACGUUCAACCAGGAGCUGAGAGAACUUGAAGAGCGGGUAAAGGGGAGGAGAGUCCAGAAACGAAGCACUGAUGAGUUCAUUCAGGAUCCUUUAUCUAAUCCCUCUGAUUCAAACCAGAUAGACAAGGACUGUCCCUCAUUGGAGACAGAGCAAGGACCUGAAGAAUCAAAGCCUGAAAGCUCCACCCCAGCCAUGUUUAGUCCAGCACGACCCCUUGGUCAGCCUCAAGCACAACCAUACAUAGGUCCCUUUUUGACAGUGCUCUUUUCAAAGCUGGAGAACAUGAUGCAAAAUUCUUUAUACGUGAACAUUCUGCUGACAGGCAUCGUGUUUCAGUUGGCCUGUUACCCUCAGCCUCUCCUCCGCUCCUUCCUUCUUAACACAAAUAUGGUGUUCCAGCCUAGUGUCAAGUCUCUCAUACAGGUGCUUGGGACUGUAAAGAAUCGUAUUGAAGCAUUUGCUGCACUGCAUGAGGACUUCACAGCUUUGCUGAGGAAGGCCCGGCGCUUCCUUGUCACACGAGGCAAACUAGACUGGACAGAUUCACCCACGGGAGUACCCCCUCUCCGCCGAUCAGACUCAAUGGUAAAGAGUCGGAAGCCAUCACUGGGUGAGCUAAUCCUGAGGCAUACCAACAGUCCAACGCGAGCACGUCACGCAGCUCAGGCGGCUCUAGCACACGUGAGGGACGGUAGCCAUUCUCUGCACAGUGCUCUGUUCCGCGGUGUGGUGGUAGGAACUGGGGCUUCCACUCUGGAGAAACAGGCCGAGGCGUUGCGGGUAAAGAACACGGUUUACUGUGCUGUCAUCUUCUCUGAGUUUCUAAAGGAACUGGCAGCUUUGGCACAGGAGCAUGCAGUGGCCAUGCCCUUCCCACCCAGCCAGGGCGCUGAGGAAUGACAGACACUUUGCCCAAUCUUCCUACGGUUUUUAAAAGGAAUAAGAAAACAAGCGCAUCAGGGUUAGGGUUAGGUGUAAUUACAUGUUUAUAAUAAUUUUUUUAAAAACUGUACAGGAUAUGUAAGAGCUUCAUUGUUAAAGCUUCAGACCGUUGUCCAUAAGAAUCUUGUAUAUAUUCUAUAUAAAAUGUGUAUAAUGUUUUUACACAGUAUGCUCAGAGCAACUUGUAUGCUUUAACAUUGCUGUACACAGGCACUCCCGAAAACAAAACCUUAGUGUUAUUUCUUUACAUAUCUUUCUUUUUUUUCUCCUUUUAUUUUUUUUAAUGUAAGAGGCAUGCUGCUGUAAUCUUUUUACAUUAUUAGGUCUGUGCCGAGUAAUUAUUUACAAGGGAAUCUACUUGGGGAAAAAAUUAAAACAGAACUCUUGUGCUUUUAUUGUAA